AUGACACCAGGUCCUCUCCUCCAGCUGGCUAACACUGUAGCUGAAGUUGGAAAGGCAAAGCCUUAUGGAACCGGGUGGGAGGCUCGACAGGCCGUGAAGACCCUGAGCCAGCACCAGCCACCGCCACCGCUGCCGCCGCCGCCGCCGCCGCAGGCCGGGCCCUGCACUUAUACGGAGCAGGGGGCGGAGCUCCCUCGCCCCACUCCCGCCAACCCCGUGUGCUGCGCCGCCCUCCACGUCCUUCCCGGGAGUCGCCCACAGGGGCGCAAGUGUCCAGCUGGCCAGAAACCACCUGCGCAGCCUGCGGGGACCUCCGCUUCGGGCCGGCUCCACUCGCCAGGUUUUCCCGCUCUCUGGGAAGCCGCGAGAAGGGCAUCCGGGUGGCCGUGGGAGUGGGAACGGAACGCAGGUGCCUGGACACGGCGGGGGCGGCGUGGAGACGUUUUGCCCCAGACCAAGAGGACAGCAGAGCGGGGCUUCCCUCAAAACAGCAGAAUCAAAGGGCAGGAAGGGGGCUCAAAGAUCAGAGUCCAGCCUUCUUCAGAGGCGAAAGAGAGGCCGGGAAAGGUGAAGUACUGCAGAGAGUGGCGGACCUACCCCCAGCUCAGAUCCGGUCUGAAGACAAAUCGAGGAGGCAGCAGCCCUAACAAGCCCUUCACCAUCCUCUCUUCUCCUGCACUCUCUCACCCUGCCACUCUUCUCCUCUUCUCCUCCAAAUAUCCCAGCAUCGGACAGGCAGUUACCAGGAAUACCGGUUAUCCCAGUUAAGUCCUUGGAAAAUCCCCAGAGGACAAAGCUGAGAGAAUGGUGAAAAGAACAUACAGGAGACUACUAUGAAGCAAGUAAGAAGGCUACUUCAGGAAGAGGAGAGAGAUCUGUAACAUCAAAACCAGUGAGGUGUGAAUAAUCAAAUUAUAUUAGUUGGGGCUCAUGAAAUGAAAAAGAGUUGAAAAUGAAAAUGGAAUAAAACCUCUAAAAAUACAUGCAAAACGCAAAAUGACAGAAAUUUCCUGAACUUGGCUGGAGAUUACAAAGCACUGCAUAAAUCACAAGACCCUACUGACUCUUCCUCCUUCUAAAGAAACAUUUGACUAAUUGAAUAUUAAGAUUUCUUCCAAAAGUAAUUUGUAUUUUUCCUGCAACAUAAAAUACACAACUUUCCUGUCGAUGUAAUCAUAACUAAGAAAGCCGUCCAAGCCUGAAGUAUUUUCAAAAAGAAAAAAAAAAUGCCUGAAAGUCCAUUUUACAAUUUGUUUUCAACAUUUUCAAAAGUUUGUGAACAGGCUAACCAACCUUUUAAAAAGUUCAGCUAGAAUCAAAUGUAUAUUCUAGUUUAAAAUUGCUAAAAAGUAUUUAUGGUUGGGAAAUAAAAGGAGUUUCAUUAUUUUAUUUUUAAGUUGCAUUUUCACUUACCCUACUGGACCCUCAGUUUCCUCUGCUGUAUCUGAUGUUCUUACCAGAACAAAGGCAGAAUAAAAAAUAAUCACUACUCCACUGCUCUGAAGAA